AUGCCACUCACGUCUGAUUUAACUGUCGAUGCCUCUAAAUUCGACCGCAAACUCGGGGACAAAAAGACCGAGGAGUUUAACGAGAAGCUGAUUAAAAUAUGGGCAGAUGGACCACGGUGGUACGAAAUCGGAGCUGCUGAAUAUCGUAAAUUGAGAUGGGAAGGCAAAACACCUCUACCACGACCAAUUGUUUUGCCCGAAGGAAUCAAUGGUACUAUACCUUCACGAGAUGCGGGACGGGAAAUCACCUAUCGCGUUUUCAAGCCUUCGAGUGGAGUCUCCAAAGGAAUCCAUUUGCACAUUCAUGGCGGGGGCUGGGUACUGCAAUCGGAGCAUUAUCAGGAUCCUUACCUGAAGUUUAUGGCCGACAACUAUGAGCUCACAGUGUUCUCGGUCGGAUACAGGCUCGCACCCGAAGACCCAUGGCCAGCUGGCGCGCACGAUUGCUACGACGCAGCGGAAUGGCUAAUCAAGAACGGAAAAGAGAAGUUUGGUGGUGAAUUAAUGUUCACAGGCGGCGAAUCCGCAGGCGGCCACCUAGCAUGUCUUGUGGCCCUUCAUCUAUACGAUAAAGUGCCCGACUUUCGCUUCAAAGGCCUACUCCUCCAUUUUGGCUGCUAUGACCUUUCCGGGUUCCUCCCAAUGGUGGAGCACCACGAGAAGAAACUUGUCAUAGACUACGACGUGAUGCAAGCUUACAUUGAUGCGCUGUUGCCCAACACGGACAUCAAAGCACGCCGCGACCCAUCCGUUUCGCCCUUUUUCGCGGACAUCAGGGGCAAAGACUUGCCUCCUGCGCUGUUCACGUGCGGCAGUGAGGACCCGCUACUAGACGAUAGCGUAUUCAUGGGAGCGAAGUGGCAGAUGUGGGGAAAUGAAGCGAUUGUUAAGGUGUACAAUGGUGCGCCACAUGGAUUUAUCAUGUUUCCAAAGGGGACUAUUCAAGGGGGAGAUGAGGUGUUGGAUGACACCAUUACGUUUGUGAAGGAGAAGAUAGGUGCGUAGUUGAUGCAAGGUGUAGGGUUGGAUAGCACUGCAAGUGGUACAUAAUCACAAGUGUAUACGCUGCAAGCAAAUACAACU